CUAUUUCUUGAUGAGUUGUGGCGAUUAUAAAAGGAAUAUGAAUGCAUUCAAUCUUGUCCAUUAAUCUUCCGAAAGCCCACACCCUUUUGCUCCAUCCAUCAUCAUCAUCACUCUUCUCUCUUCAUCUCAACCCUAAUUUGAAUACUAUAAUUCUACACACACAGCUCUCAACUCAUCAUCAUCAAGCUCUAUAUCAAACAAUGCUGAUCAUGCAUGUUGUGGUUAUAUAUGAUGAUGAUGAUGAUGAACAGGAUGAUAAGGAGGAAGUGGAGAGUAGCAGCAGAUCAAGAUGGGAUGGAUAUGUGGAUUGGAGGGGGAAACCUGCUUUGAGGGGCACACAUGGUGGCAUCACCCCUGCCUUCUUUGUUUUGGUUGUGGAGGUACUGGAGAACCUGGCAUACUUGGCAAGUGCAAGCAACUUGGUGUUGUACCUCACGCAUUACAUGCAUUUUUCUCCGUCGGAAUCUGCCAACGCCGUCACCAAUUUUAUGGGGACGGCGUUUCUUCUCGCCCUCCUCGGUGGCUUCUUCUCCGAUGCUUUUUUAACCACUUACCGCAUCUACUUGAUCAGUGCUGCUACUGAAUUCCUAGGUCUCGUAAUACUAACGGUGCAAGCGCAAUCGGCUUCCUUAAAACCACCAAAAUGUGACAAUGCUAGACCAGACAUACCAUGCCAGCAGGUUCAUGGUGCAAAGGCUGCAUUGCUCUUCUUAGGCCUCUAUCUAGUGGCCCUUGGAGUGGGAGGCAUCAAGGGUUCGUUGCCGGCCCAUGGAGCCGAGCAGUUUGACGAGGAUACACCUCAAGGACGAAAACAACGAUCAACUUUCUUCAACUACUUCGUUUUUGCACUCUCGUGUGGUGCCCUUAUUGCAGUGACCUUAGUUGUCUGGAUUGAAGACAACAUGGGAUGGCAAUGGGGGUUCGGAGUUUCCACGUUGAUAAUAUUGCUGUCUGUCCCGAUAUUUCUAGGUGGUUCGACGUUUUAUAGGAAUAAGGUUCCACUUGGAAGUCCACUAACGACGAUCUGCAAGGUUCUCAUUGCGUCUGUACUGAACACUUUUACGCCGAGAAGUUCAAGCAAUGCUAUUGCAAGUAUGGCGACAAGCCCUUCACCAAACCCAUUGUCUGAGGAAAUAGAUGCAGAAGAUAACAUCAAAGUCUCAGAAUCAUGUGAGUCUCCAUCAGACAGCCUCAAUUUUCCCAAUAGAGCAGUGGUAAGAAAACCGGGCUAUGCCAUGCUGAAAUGCUCUGUACAACAAGUGGAAGAAGUCAAGACUGUCGUAAGAAUCCUCCCCAUCUUUGCUUGCACCAUAGUCCUCAACUGCUGUCUUGCUCAGCUCUCCACCUUUUCGGUCCAACAAGCUGCCACCAUGAACACGAAACUCGGAUCCUUAAACGUCCCACCUGCCUCUCUUCCUGUUUUCCCAGUUGUCUUCAUAAUGAUCCUUGCACCGUUAUACGAUCACGUGAUCAUCCCUUUUGCACGUCGAGUGACAAAAUCCGAGAUGGGCAUUUCUCACCUCCAGCGCAUUGGAAUCGGCCUAGUUCUCUCCAUUAUAGCCAUGGCUGUGGCUGCAGUGGUUGAAGUCAAGCGUAAGAGAGUAGCUACCAACUCGGGACUGCUCGACUCCACCAAGCCGUUGCCUGUUACGUUUCUUUGGAUCGCGUUUCAGUACCUGUUUCUUGGCUCGGCUGAUCUUUUCACCUUAGCAGGGCUGCUGGAGUUUUUCUUCACAGAAGCACCGUUCAGCAUGAGAUCAUUGGCGACUUCUUUAUCUUUUGCAUCACUUGCAAUGGGAUAUUACCUGAGUACGGUCAUUGUAUCAAUAGUUAACGGUGUCACAGGCGGCUCCAGGCACAAGCCAUGGCUCUCCGGCAGCAACCUGAAUGACUACCACCUCGACAGAUUCUACUGGCUAUUGUGCUCGUUAAGUGGACUGAACUUCAUGCAGUAUCUUUUCUGGGCUACAAGGUACAAGUACAGAUCAACACAAAACAAGUCCUAGGAAACAACAAUUAGACAGCAGAAACAUGGAAUUCAAGCUGGCAAAUGAUGCCGAGAUUUCAUGUCCCUCAACGGGCCGAGAAUCGAGCACCAGGGGAACUCUUUCCGGAGGAAAAUAUGUUCGAAGAUUUGCUAGAUCAGACAGCAAGAGGAUGUAGAUAAGAUUUGAUCUAAGUUCUUGAUUUGUAAGAUCGUGUCAAAUCUCACUGAUGUAAUACUGAUUUAUCAAAAUGAUUUUAGUUCACUGUUCAAAUGGAACUUGCUUGUAGUUUCUUUUCCCUUGAAUUUCUCAUUCUUUGCAGAUCAAGAACCGUUGUCUCUAAUAAAACCACGAUUUGUGCACAUUUCAUAAUCGCAUUACUGAUCAUUCUCAUUCAACAUACCUUCACCAUUUUCAACUUUUAAUAAAGACAAUAUUAGUAUUACACUGACACGACGUGAUUUUCAUUUUUAACAUGAAAAUGCUCGUGCAGAUGAUAAUUUUUCAAUAUCUAGCACGUAAAGAUCAAGAAUCCUUUAAAAGAAUUUGAUGCUUCCCAGUAAAACCCACUUCAUCCAAAUCCAGACGAAAUGAUUCGGGACUCCCCGGUGCACCACAAACACCAUAUAACAGCCAGUGGAUGCAGUAUUUGGUGUUGGAGGUGCAUGCAGAGUAACCUUAUAUGCAAAUGUAGAUUUGAUGUUGUGCACCCACAAUGUAAAA